ACCAAACGCACACAGUCGAAACCGCCUGCUCCCGCGAAUAGCCCACCGCCAAGGUAGCCACUGCAGCAGGUCUAGCGCUCUCUCGUGUCCCUCGCCUCCGUCACAUCGCCAUGAAGAUCGUCGCCAUCGAGUUGCUGCGUCAGGAUGGCCAGGGCCAGGAUCCGAUUAUUCUUUCAGCAAGCUUCGAGGUGUCUUCAUUCGGCUACUUCCAGCGCUCUGGCGUCCGGGAGAUGAUCAACUUCUUCAGUCGGACGUUUAUCAAGCGUACGGAGCCUGGUCAGCGGCAAUCCAUCCAGCACGAAGAGUACAACUGCCACGUGUACGUGCGUCGCGAUGGACUCUCGGGUAUCGUGGUGUGUGAUCAGGAGUACCCGCCGCGUGUGGCGUUUGCGCUGCUGAAUAAGCUCAUGGAUGAGUAUGACAAGUCUACAGGUGGCAACUGGAAGACGCAGUCGGGCAACCCGCAGGAGUUUGCGGCUUUGACAACGGCUCUGGCUGAGUAUCAGGAUCCGUCCAAGGCCGACAAGAUUUCGGCAAUCCAGAAGGAGCUAGACGAGACCACCGCCGUGUUGUCCAAGACCAUCGACAACGUGCUGGAGCGCGGUGAGAAGCUGGACGACCUCGUGUCCAAGUCACAGGAUCUCAGCAGCCAGUCCAAGGUCUUUUACAAACAGGCCAAGAAGACCAACUCGUGCUGCGUGGUCAUGUAAGAAGCUACGACGUUUGCCGAUUUUCCCCCGUGGUCCCUAUCCAUUUCAUCGAUUGGGUUCUACUACAAAUUGCAUUUCUUCCUCUA